GCUAUUUUUAUCAGCUUCGGUUUUUGUACCUGACCGAGGAUAUACAAUAAACUGUACAUUAGGCUAUUCAUAUCAAAUAUCGGCUUCAUAUCUGAUGAUUAUCUGGCACGGCGUACCUGGGUCUAGUUAUCUCCUCGACAACGCCUAUAUAACAGGUGCCCGUUCCUCUCUCACCUUCCGUACCCAUUGUUUCCUAUCUCUUCUUCUUCCUUUGUUUCCUGCUCCCCUCCCGCCUCUCCGCUAACCGCCACCCUUACCUGUGCCUUGAAGACUCGUACUCGGGUGUUCAGCACACUACACCAACAACCAGACCUCACGCAUUAUCCUUUCCUCUUCCUUCUCUAGCCUCCAUCUCUCUUUUUUCUUCCUCAACCUCCAAAAGACCUCCACUCUUUCUCCAUUAAUUUGACACGAUGGUCAAGCUGUUCACUUCCUCGUUCACAGUCUUGGUGAUCACCAUGGCCGCGGCCGUCCAGGCACAGCAGUCAGGCAGCACCUCGACGACGGUAGCAGCAGCAACACCCUCUAGCGCACCUGGUACGAUCAACCCCAGCGAAUAUCCUGCACCGGACAAGAUCCCUCCAAUCAACUCUCCCGAAGUCCAGGCAUGGCUCAAGGAGAUUGAUUUGACGGGAGCACCAAGCAUCCCGCUCCAUACUGGUCAACCGCCUUCGUGCCCUAACCCUCCCAUUGCUGAUGAGUGCUACUGGACCUGCGACGGCUGUGCUGCGGACGACAUUGUGGCCUGCAAGCGUCCCAACACCUGGGGUCUGACCUUUGAUGACGGUCCAUCGACCGACACGCCGACGCUCCUGAACUAUCUCCAGACCAAGCAGCUCUCCGCGACCUUCUUCCUGAUCGGCUCGAACGUGAUCCAGUACCCAGAGACUGUGAAGCGUGAGGUGGCGGAGGGCCAUCAUCUGGCCUCGCAUACCUGGUCCCAUCAUGCGUUGACGACGCUGUCGAACGAACAAAUCGUGGCCGAGAUGAAGUGGACGGAGAAGGCGGUGAUGGCGGCGACGGGAUUGAGGUUGAAGUACAUGCGCCCGCCUUAUGGAGACAUCAACAACCGUGUCCGGUUCGUGUUGAAGAAGUUGGGAUACAUUCCUGUGGACUGGACCGGAGAUGAAUUCGACACGAACGAUUGGCAGAUGCCGACGAUGAGCGAGAGCCAGGUGAUCGCGACGUUCACCAAAUCCUUGGACACGUACGCGGCCUCGAACCGGUCCUCGGGAUUCUAUUGUUUGGAGCAUGAUCUGAACUCGAUGACCGUGGGUGCUGCUCAGAAGCUGAUCCCGUUGGGAGAGGCCAGGAACAUCACGAUCGCGAGUGUGCCCGUGUGCGAGAGCGAUGCUCAGCCUUAUCAGUCGGGCGGCACCGCACCGAUGCCAACGACCAGCGGAACGAACACAUCGGCGACGGCGACGGGAACCGCCACGGGAUCGGCCUCGAAGGGUUCGCCCACGAGCAAGCCUAGUGGUGCGGCCGCUGCUGUGGAGGGAGGUCUGAAGGUGAUGAUGGUUGCAGCAGUAGCUGCUAGUGCUGCGGUCGCGGGACUUGUCCUGGCGUAAAAUGAGAAAAAAAAAAAAAAAAAAAAAAAAAAAAA